AUGGCUACAACAUAUGAGGGUAGCAAAUUCGAAGAAAAGCAAACAACAGAGACACUUCACCAUGACAACCCGUCCAAAACCUUGGAAAAGGCUUCCUUUCAGAAUGGUCCUCCACGAGAGAUGCCAGAAUCAUUCUCAAUGAUAUCCGGACUCGGAAUAUCAUUCAGUAUUACCAACUCAUGGGCCGUCUAUCUCAGCAUUCUAGGCCAAGGUCUGAUAUAUGGCGGACCUCAAAGCGUAAUAUUGGGUCUAUUAGUUGCGGCUUUCGUACAGUGGAUAAUUACAUUGGGACUCUCGGAACUGGCAUCUGCCUUUCCAUCGUCAGGGGGGCAAUACCACUUCGUUUAUAUUCUAGCUCCAGAGAAUAUGAAAAAUUUCUCGUCAUACUUCGUGGGUUGGCUCUCAAUAAUUGCUUGGUUUAUCGGAGCUAGCUCAGGAGUUUCCAUAGUUGCUGUUACCAUCUCUGGUUUGGUGUCAUUCUGGGACCAAACGUUUGUAGGUGCUCGAUGGAUGAUAUACCUAAUUUACCUGGCGACAACAGUGGUGACGUUUCUACCGCAAUAUCUAGCUCCAAAAUCAGUCCCGAAAAUCACAUCCCUUGCUCUUUUCAUCUCUCUUUCUGGAUUCGUUCUAGCAUUCAUUCUCGCUCUGGCCAUGAAAAGAAACUUCAAUGCCUCUUCAUACAUAACCCAGUCAAAUCUUGGAACUAGUGGCUGGCCACAAGGAUUUGCCUGGGUACUUGGGACAAUCAACCCGAUGUAUGCCUUUGGCGCUACCGAUGCUGUUAUACACAUUUCAGAAGAGAUUCCAAAUCCCAAAGUCAAAAUUCCAUUGAUAAUGAAUCUCUGUGUAUUGAUUGGUAUGGUUACUGUGUUUCCACUCGUCACAGUCUUGAUGUACACCAUGACCGAUAUGGACGCAGUAAUCGCUUCUCCUCUUCCAAGCGCAGAAUUGAUAUAUCAGGCUACGGGGAGUAGACCUGUGACAACGUUUCUAAUGUGCUGGAUCAUAUUAGCAUAUGCAACCUCGAUAUGCUCAGCGUGGGUGGCAAGUGGUCGAAUUAGCUGGGCUUUCGCCCGAGACGGCGGUAUACCUUUCAAAUCUUACUUCGCUCACAUUGAUCCCAAAAAAGAGUUUCCAGUACGCACCACAGUAGCAACUGUAUUAUUCGUCUGCAUCUACGGACUUCUCUUUCUCGCUAGCAGUACUGCCUUCAACUCCAUCAUCGCAACGGCCGUUCUAUUCUUGAAUAUCACAUUCGCUGUUCCACAAGCUUUUGUGGCCUUUCGGGGUCGAGAUAAACAUCUUCCUUCCCGACCUCUGAGUCUUGGACUCUCAGGAUACUUUGUCAACAUUUUCUCGAGCGUCGCAGCCGUGGUCAUCGUUGUGUUGGCGUGCUUUCCGCCGAUAUAUCCGGUAUUUGUCCAAAACAUGAAUUACGGAUCUGUUAUCAUGGCUGGAAUCUUCAGUAUCUUGAUUGUGCUAUGGUUCGCGGUUGGAAAGGGGAGUUUUGAGGGACCGAAGUUAGACAUCGAUUCUCAAAGUUCGGAACUCACUGUCGGCCCUGACAUAGUGCUCAUCGCAUAA